AUGGCAUGGAGUUACCCGUCAUAUGUUGAAGCUGACGCUUUGAUUUCGGCUGGUAUUCUCUUUGUUAUAGCAAUGGGCGUAUUAGUAAUCUAUCGUUUAGAAAGAGGUAAAGAAUUUGUCAGCCGACGGAUCAUAGGUAUUGAAACACAGGAAGCAGUUGGUGAAGACGAUGGUGUUGGGAAAGAUCAGGGCAUUCAAAUUGUUACUCUGACAAAGAAAGUUCACGUGCGAUGGGUUGCCUGGUCAUUCGCUGCUCUUGCUGCAAUGAUACUUUCUUUUACGGGUAUGACAUUUUUUCAAGGAUGCUUUCUAGCCAGUGCUAGACUUUUUCCAAACGAUGAAUGCCCCGAUUAUCCAAUGGAUUGUUUCGUUAGUAACAGGACUCAUAGAAUAAGGUUCCAUUGUAAUCCUUCCAGUGAAGCUGUAUUUCCCGGAAAUAUAACUAAUCAAAUUGCGUGGUGCUUUGGGUGGGUAAUCAAUCUUCAAACAACUAAAAGUAUUCUCGAUCAACUGGGUGUGUGUACUGGUCUCAUGGGUCUAUUUACAACAGUUUUGGCUAUAAUUGUUUAUCUUGGCAAAUCUGUGAUCACGCUAGUUAUUUCGGUGAUAUUGUUUGCAUCCGGGACGGUUGGUAUUAUCAUUUCGUUAGAAUUCAAAUGGUCAUAUUCACCAUUAACAGUUUACGUACUUGUUCUUGGUAUUUCAUUAGGAAUCUUUGGAAUAGUGCUUUACAUGGUUCUACCUGAAAGGAAGAAUGAUGGAUUAGUAACCAAAUCCGACACAAAUCCGAAAAUGAAUAACUCAAAUGCACCACCUACAAACCUGCCUUCUUCUAAUACUAAAACUCCGUCAAGGUCUUCGAAAGUCACUCCCAAACCUAUAGAAGGUGGUGACGUUAAAUUAUAA